GUUGAUAUGUAAAUAUCUAACAUGGCGGCCCCCUUGGGUGACAUGUUUUCUCUGUGCGCGGAUCCUGCAAAAACUAGUCAUUCUGUGGAAGUUCGAUUUAUCGAUAAUACCAAGGGGAAAGGAUUAUUCACUAAAAGGGCGUUUAAAAAGGGUGACACCAUUUUCAUUGAGCGACCUCUCGUUUCAGCCCAGUUCUUGUGGAAUGCCUUAUACAAAUACAGAGCAUGUGAAUACUGCCUCGGUGCUCUGGAGACAGCAGAGGAUAAUGCAAGGAGGUUAAGUGGUCUGCCAGCUCUCAGUCUGCUCCAUCCUGAACUUUGUAAGGUGCGACCUGACCGACACCAGGCUUGUCCACAAUGUCAGGUGAUGUACUGUAGUACAGAGUGCCGUCAGGCUGCAUGGGAGCAGUACCACAAAGUCCUGUGCCUUGGCCCCUCCCAUAAUGAUCCAGAACAUCCGAUCAACAAACUGCAGGUGGCAUGGAGGACUAUGCACUAUCCUCCUGAAACAUCAAGUAUUAUGUUAAUGGCCAAAAUGGUGGCUACCGUCAAGCAGGCUCAAGAUAAAAAACAUUGGCAGAGACUUUUCUCUAACUUCUGCAGCCGUACAGCAAAUGAAGAAGAGGAAAUAGUUCAUAAAUUGUUAGGAGAGAAGUUUCAGGGACAGCUGGCCUUGCUGCAUAAUCUGUUUACCACUGCUUUUCACGAUGACCCUCUCAGUCAGUGGUUUACUCCGGAGGGAUUCCGCUCUCUGUUUUCACUUGUUGGGACCAACGGUCAAGGUAUUGGGACCAGUUCUCUCAGUCAGUGGGUUCAUGCUUGCGAUGCACUGGAGCUUUCCAGCCAGCAGAGGGAGCAGCUAGACGCUUUUAUCGACCAGCUGUACAAAGACAUUGACAAAGAAACGGGCGAUUUCCUCAACUGCGAGGGUUCUGGUCUCUUCCUGCUGCAAAGCUCUUGUAACCACAGCUGUGUUCCCAACGCCGAGGCGUCUUUUCCAGACAACAACUUUCUUCUUCACCUCAACGCCCUAAGUGACAUCAGCCCUGGAGAGGAAAUCUGUAUCAGCUAUCUGGACUGCUGCCAGCGAGACCGGAGUCGUCAUAGCCGGCACAAGAUCUUGAGGGAGAACUACUUAUUCAUCUGUUCCUGUCAGAAGUGCAUGUCCCAGGCAGAUGAUGCGGAUAUGACGUCAGAAGAUGAAGAGGAAGUGGAAGGAGAGGGCGAGACGGAGGGAGACGACAUGGAGGACGAAAUGACCGAUGUGUGAUUUCUGCUCAGGUUCUUUUGUCCACCUAGCCCAUCUCAGCUGUUUGUAUGUGGAUAAGAAACUUGUCGCCAUAUUGCCGUAUUGCUGAUAUCCACAGCAGUAGAGAAACCAACAUCACGCUCACAGUAGCAUUGCAGUUGUUUAUAACCUUAAACUGAAAGCCUAUGCAAAAUAGACUCGAGAUGCUGAAUCCAUGUACAGAGUUUGAAAUUCUUGAUGGUCAAGUAAAACUUCUUGAAAACAUAAUGUGGUUGUUAAGAGUUAAAGCAGAAAGUUUUGUACAAGCACAUAUCAUAAAAACACA